AUGGAGCUCCCCGGAGCUGGGGUGAAUUCCAAUGAAUGUGAAAGUGUAUCAAGCAAAGAAAAAAUGUCAGAAGAAUUUGAAGCCAACACUAUGGAUUUUUUGGUAGAUUUGCCAUUUGCUACCAUAGAUAUUAAAGAAGAUAGUGAAAUCACUGAUGUUCCUAAAGUAAAUUUGGAGAGAAGUAAAGAAAAUGAAUGCAACAAUAAAGAGCAAAUAAAGAAGAGGAAAAAAAAGCGAAAAGAUUAUCAACCCAACUAUUUCCUAUCCAUUCCAAUCACCAACAAAGAGAUUACAAAAGGAAUUAAGAUCAUGCAAAAUGCAAUAAUACAACAAGAUGAGCAACUGGCCAAAGCAAUGAGCAGUGAUGGUUCCUUUCAUAUUACCUUACUAGUGAUGCAGUUACUGAAUGAAGAUGACGUAAACAUUGGUAUUGAUGCUCUUUUGGAAUUAAAACCAUCUGUAGAAGAAAUCCUCCAAGGAAAACCUUUGACUUUGCCCUUUGAAGGGGUUGACACUUUCGGAAAUCAGGUUGGAUUUGUGAAGCUGGCAGAAGGAGAUCACAUAAACUCACUUUUGGAGAUAGCAGAUGCUGCAAAAAGGACAUUUCAAGAAAAAGGUAUCUUGGCAGGAGAAAGCAGAACUUUUAAACCUCAUUUGACCUUCAUGAAAUUGUCCAGGUCACCAUGGCUCUGGAAGAAGGGAGUGAAAAAAAUAGACCCCAAAUUAUAUGAAAAAUUUAUCGGCCAUAGAUUUGGAGAAGAAGUGGUACAUUGUAUAGAUCUUUGCUCCAUGCUGAAGAAAAAGCAAAGUAAUGGCUAUUAUCACUGUGAGUCUUCAAUUGUGAUUGGCCCGAAACCUAUUGGAAUCCGGGACUUAAUUAAUGAAGCUUUGCGUCGAGAGAGGAUGGGUCUGCAGUCCAAAGUGAAGGAGAUAAAAGCACUUUUAUUAAAGCCUGAGAUUCAGGCCAAAAUCAGGAGGGAGCUUUUUGAAGGAAGAUUCAUUAACAACAGUAAUCAAGGAGAUGAUGUGGAUUUCAGUGCAACUUUGACAUAAACUCUACAUUGCUAUCAUGGUACUAGAGUUUAUGAUAUCUUUCCAGCUCAUUAAAUAGCUCUUUGGUGAAAACCAAAGAAGUGUUCUGAUAGUUUGCACAACAGCAA